AUGUCGGCCAAAGUCAGUCGUCCACUCAAGAAACGACGAGCAAUAUCUCGAAGGACAGAUGACAGUCCUGCUAUACCUCGUGCCUCUACGGCUGGCAAUACCACGGCCAUCUUGUUGGAUUCCAGUGAUGCGAGUCCAGCAGAGGAUGAUCCCUCAAUGGUUCUGGAUGCAUCUCCAUCACCUUGGGAACCACAUGCAGCCGCGCAGGAGGGCUCGUUGCCUGACCAGACUAACCUUUCCUUGAUCAUCAUGGAUGUCCUGGAUCACAGCAACUUCUUUGAACAGUGUUUUGUGGAGAAGUUUGUCGAAUCAAGCACCAGUUCGAGGCUGGGAAUGAAUCCGGUUCGACCACGAUCAUGGGUAUUUGCCCUUCCCAGUCUCUUAUCCGACGCUCAGACACCCUCGGUCAGAUUCUCCAUCCGUGCCGCCAGCUUAAUCUACUUUGCAGUCGUUCAGCACAACAAGAGUGCUGAGGUCGAGGCUGUGCGUUGGUAUCUUGCUGGCCUCGCGAGCCACCGUGGGUUUAUCCAGGGUAGCAACACCGACGCAAAUUCACUCAGGCACGGGUCAACGCCUAUCAGCCCCGAGAUAUCAGUACCCAUGAUGUUUCUCUACUUUGAGACGAUGAAGCGAACCUCUCCUGACGCUUGGGCUCAUCAUAUUGCCGCCGCGGUCACCACCGUGGAGGCGCUAGGCCCCGAUCAUUACCGUGUUGGCCAGGAUCACGCCAUGUUCAGAUCUCUUCGCACGUACGCGGCUUUCAAGGCUCUUCUCAAGAACGACCUUUGCAGCUUCGCAUCGCAAGAAUGGUGUGAAGCACCCUUCACAGACAGCACCAAGAUUGAAUACGAGUUUCUGAUUGACAUCCUCCUCGCCAUUCCUCACCACCUGCUGCUCACUCUAGUACCUGGUGGCGACUUCCGGGACUCUAUCGACAAGAUAGCAAGUCUCAACUACUCGGACGAGCAGACCCUGGAGAGGGAGACUCUCGUUAUCCUCCAGCGCCUGCAGAACUGGUGGUGGCAUUUCACUCGAGAUACCAGCGUCGUCGCCGGUCAACCUGCUACCACCGACCUGAUACAAGCUGCGCCCGACCCUCUGAUGCCUCCGUCGCUCGCUGGACAAUACGUAUUCCCCGACACCCUGACAGCCAAGACCGUCUCGCUGUACGACUCUUUGAUGGUCAUCGUCUACUCUGUACUCGCGUCUCUCGAGGAAUGCAAGUCACCCUCUCCUGAAGGAGUGCUGCUGUCGCCGCUUCAGCGCUACCGUUCCGAGAUCGAACGCCAUUCGUCCUCAGUUUUGAUGGCCGCAUGGUACCAGAACUGGCGCCAUCCUUACUGCGGCGAUGCGUUGCGGACGGGCUUCUCUGUGAAGAUCGUAUCAUGGCUCGGCGCGAACGCAGCGCAAAAGGACGAGGCACGCAGGAUGAUGGUUUUGUGGGGUAUGGAGAGCACAAUUACAGCAAUAUGA